ACGAAAUUAUGAGCUCUAAAGCAAUUUGUAAUCGAAUUAAUAACAUCCCAGUUUUUAAUGAUAGUUCAAUAAUGAAUAUGUUUAUAGAAUACAUGGUAGGUCAUGGACGGUCUUUAGAGGCUUUGGGAGAAGCAGUUGUAGAUAAAGAUAUGACAAAACCUAUCUUCCGCAUUAUUCUGGCACAUAAAUCUGUUAACAAAGAUCAAACCAUCUUUGAACUUGAUGGACAAAAAAUAAAUGUAGAUGAUGUAAUACAGUUUGGACUAGUUCGAUUUGAGAGUUACGAUCAUAACCGUGUUGUUGGUUAUCUAUUAUGUCCGUACAUUUGGCUAUGGAUCAUGGCUCAUGCAUACCACGAAAAUGUAAAUGAUCCAUUUUUAAGGAGUUGGGAUUGUUCCUACUACAAUGAAGUACUCAGUGAAUCGGGAGAGCCUAGUAUUCCACCUGGUUGCCAAUACUGGCAACAUUUUGUCGCUCAAUUUAAAUCGAAUAUCUAUAAUUAUGAUCAGCGGAUUGAUCUUAGUGUCAUUCAUAAUGGUGCCACUCAUAACUUUGGCCAAGUUUUCAUAUCGAAUCGACAACUUACAUUAUCAAAAUCAAUUGAAAGAGUUAACACCAAGUCUAAAGAUAGCUUUUGUUCAAUAUAUAUGGCAGAGACUAAAACAAUUACAAACGGAGACACAUCAGUGCAAAUUAUUGAGGGAACAAAGCAUUUCUCAAAAGGUUUUGAAGAAGAAUAUAACAAAGCAACUAGUUCAGGAGAUAUUUUCAUCUUUUACACCUCAGCAUCCUGCCAGAAUCUUGAACUCCAACCAAUGUCUGCAAUCGUUAAUAAAGAAUGCUGGAAAGAAUAUUUCGGUCCUUUUUCUGGAAGAUGUUAUAAUUAUGCCAUGGGACCACCAGAUAUUAAUAAAGCGACCUUCACUCAGCUGACUGGAUUUGAGAAGAUUGCAAAAAAACGUGCUAGAAUUAUCAUGGAAGAACGAGUUCGUGUCGAAUUUUUUGAUAUUAAUUAUUGUGAAAGGAGAACAAAAAUUCCGCGUCAAUAUAUUGAGCCUUUUUUUCAAAAGAGUAAAGCAUUUUAUCAUGAUUAA